CUAUAAAGAAGCAUUUGACCUUGUAAAAUUCGUCCGCCAUGAAUGACCCUUUUCUUCUUUCAUCAAUCUUUCUCUUCACUUUUCUAACGAAACAACUUUAAACACCUUCAAUUACUCCCAUUCCCCCCCCCCCCCCUCCAUUUCCUCCGCUUAUCAAGCCUCUACAAGGCAGAAACUUCCCAAAGUCCAAAAACCCAAAAAAGCUCAGCCCUUUUCUCUUCGAUUUAUUUAUUUAUUCAUUUAUUUUUGAUCUGAUAAAGUUUAGCUUUUUUUCUUUGGUUGUGAUGGCGGAUAUAGUGAAACAAAUCUUGGCGAAGCCAAUUCAGUUAGCAGACCAAGUGACGAAAGCGGCGGAUGAAGCGAGUUCGUUUAAGCAAGAGUGUGCGGAGCUUAAGUCCAAGACGGAGAAACUCGUUGGCUUGCUCCGACAGGCGGCGCGUGCGAGUUCCGAUCUUUACGAGCGUCCCACGUGCCGCAUAAUUGAUGACACCGAACAAGUCCUCGAUAAAGCCUUGUCUUUGGUCCUGAAAUGCCGUGCCAAUGGCCUUAUGAAGCGCGUCUUUACAAUCAUCCCUGCUGCCGCGUUUCGCAAAAUGUCUUCUCAGCUCGAGAACUCAAUCGGCGAUGUUUCUUGGCUUCUCCGCGUAUCGGCUUCGGGUGACGAUCGCGACGAUGAGUAUUUAGGCCUUCCUCCGAUCGCUGCGAACGAGCCCAUUCUAUGCCUAAUAUGGGAACAAAUCGCGAUUCUUUACACCGGCUCACUCGAAAACCGGUCCGACGCCGCCGCUUCGCUCGUUUCGCUAGCCAGAGACAAUGACCGUUACGGGAAACUGAUUAUAGAAGAAGGAGGGGUUGGACCGUUAUUGAAAUUACUCAAAGAAGGGAAAAUGGAAGGUCAAGAAAACGCAGCCAAAGCAAUUGGACUUCUGGGUCGGGACCCGGAAAGCGUGGAGCACAUGAUCCACGCCGGCGUUUGCACGGUGUUUGCGAAAAUCCUCAAAGAAGGUCCUAUGAAAGUUCAAGCCGUGACGGCGUGGGCGGUGUCUGAGUUGGCGGCUAAUUACCCAAAAUGUCAAGAUUUAUUCGCCCAGCACAAUAUAAUCCGAUUACUCGUCAGCCAUUUAGCGUUCGAAACAAUUCAAGAACAUAGCAAGUAUGCGAUUGCUAGUCACAAGGCUACGUCGAUCCACGCGGUGGUUAUGGCCAGCAGUAAUAAUUCGACUGUGAAAGUCGCCGUUGACGAAGACCAUCAGAGUCAGAUUUCGCAUCCCAUGGGGAACCAAACCCCGAACCAGAUGCAUAAUGUGGUUACCAGUACUAUGGCAAUGAAUGGAGGGGUGAAAUUGCCACAAAAGCUGGGUAAUAAUCAUGUUAGGAGUAACAGUCAGGGUAAUGUCAAGCAAUUUCAUCAUAUUUAUUAUCAACCUCAGCAAAAUGGUUCGAUGUCAGGGGUGAAUAUGAAGGGAAGGGAAUUGGAAGAUCCUGCUACCAAGGCUUAUAUGAAGGCAAUGGCAGCUAGAGCUUUAUGGCAUCUUGCCAAGGGGAAUUCAUCUAUAUGUCGGAGUAUCACCGAGUCUAGAGCAUUGCUAUGUUUUGCAGUUUUGUUAGAAAAAGGAAGUGACGAUGUGCAGUUUAAUUCGGCUAUGGCAUUAAUGGAGAUUACAGCUGUGGCAGAGCGGGACACUGAUUUGAGAAGGUCUGCAUUUAAGCCAAAUUCUCAUGCUUGUAAGCUUGUCGUCGAUCAGUUAUUGAAGAUCAUCGAGAAGGCCGAUUCGGAGUUGCUGAUUCCUUGUAUCAAGGCUAUUGGUAAUUUGGCAAGGACGUUUAGAGCAACUGAAACAAGGAUGAUUGCCCCAUUGGUUAAACUUCUUGAUGAGAGGGAAGCUGAAGUUUCCAAGGAGGCUGCCAUUGCACUCACCAAGUUUGCUUGCACUGACAACUACCUCCACCUUGAUCACUCCAAGGCAAUCAUUACUGCUGGAGGUGCGAAGCAUUUGAUUCAACUAGUGUAUUUCGGAGAACAAAUCGUUCAACUCCGGGCAUUGGUUCUCCUAUGCUACAUUGCCCUCCAUGUACCGGAUAGCGAAGAACUGGCCCAAGCUGAGGUGCUUACGGUGCUCGAAUGGGCAUCCAAACAAUCCUACAUGACCCAGGAUGAAACAAUAGACACUCUUUUACAAGAGGCCAAAAGUAGACUGGAGCUGUAUCAGUCAAGAGGUUCAAGGGGAUUUCAUUGAUUCAAUCACCUUUUUCCAUUGGAAUCCCUUAAUAUCCAAUCAUUUUAAUGGAGUGUACAUACAGUUAUCAGUCUUCCAUAGGUGAUCAUAAGUAUUUUUCAGCCAUUUGCAGAGUUGCAUUGCUGGUUUUAAGACCAGGAAAGAGUUGGUUUUUUGUUUUGUUCCUCUCGGAGUUAUCUUACCCCUUGCGAAUCACAACUGUAUGUUGGUUUUUAAAUUAUAAAUUAAAUAAAUUUAUUCAUAUUUUCCAAAA